UUCGAUUUAUUAAUUUUUGUAGUAAUCAGUCGCUGCAUGUUGUUUUCGUCAUUUCUUUUUUAGAUAUUUAAGAUAUCCACGUCCAUUUUAUGUUUUUUCAUUACAUUAUUUGGUAUCGUAUCCAUUUCAAAGGUGAUGGAGUCACCGCCUUCUUUCUCAACACAAUCUGAGGCGCCUCCGUUAAGUGAAGAUAGUGGCUUGCUGAUUACAAGUGGUUCAUUUUCAAGUGAUUCCGCUAGUGGAUGGCAUCACGUUGCAUCCGAGGUAUGGUCAAGGCUUACAAUUAGAAGUUAAAGAUCCUUGAUCAAGAUGAAAUCCAAGCUAAAUUUAAAGUUUUAGUUGCAGGAAAGUGACUUUGAUGAGAGGUCACUGUCACUUUGUGAGUCUACAGAUGCCUCUGAGCGCAUGUGUGGUGAUUUUUUUAAUACGGUGAAAAAAGGCCCAGCCAAAGUAAUACUUACUACAAUCGAGCCCCCGCCAGAAUUCCAGGACAAUCCUGUUCGAAUCAAUGAAGACACGUCAUGUACAGCUGUCUUUGUACCUCCAACUGUUUUGUGUACCCAUGAAUCCACAAACAAGCCUAAUUUCUCCAGUCUAGAUAUACCGAUGACUACAAGACAUGUUUCACCAUUGUAUCCCAGGAAAUUAAAACCAGAAACAUUAUAUGAACGACGGCAGUGUUUAAAUCACCGAUUUGCAAGCCCAAGACUUCUGCAUCUCAGCCCAUGUCGCGCGAACAGGCCCUCUUCCCGCAACUCCUUGUCUUCUCGCCUCUCUAGCAGUCACAACUCACUUGUUACUCAGUUUCAAGCAGACGACUCGAGUUUCAUAACACAAGCUAUUUCACAUGACACGUUAUCUGCAAAAACGUCAGAUAUUACGGAUAUGUACAAUGUCCCAUUCGACAGCGACAUUUAUGCAGUACCCAUUGAUAUGGUCCGACCUAAUCAUAACAAUAAUAUGAGAAAUAAGGGAAAGCGACCCCCAAGAAAUAACAAGAAACGUGGAAAGAGCACACCUCUCGGUGUAGGUUUAAGCAAUUAUCCGCCAGAGAGAAAUCACAAAUCAAAAGACACGACGAGACAUAAAGACGUAAAAAGUAAACGACACAGUUUACCUAGUUCUUCUGUUAAGAAAAAUGCGACUGAUUCAGACACAGAUUCUUUACAUUUGACUCUUCGCGAAAUGAGAAAGUAUCUGCACACGCUUUAUUCUAGUUCCAGUGACUCGGAAUGCAGGAACACCAUCAACAAAAAGAGUAAUGCGAUCAUAACAAACGUCGCUAUACACACGAGGCACGCAAAAGAUGCUAACGCGACAGUGCUGCUGAAAGAGAGCAAUGAGAUAACGAAGUCGAUGGAGACGAACAAUAAUCACAAAAAGUCGAGCAAGAAUUCGUUUGGUAUGAAUGCGAAGAAUAAGAAGCAUAAAGAGAAUAUACCGAAGGAUUUGAUAGAGGUAGAUAAGAGUGAGAAGGGAUCGAAGAAGUCGUGUCAGAGUCAGAAGACGAAGAUGUCUCCGGUGCGGAUUUUGUCGUUGAAUUUGAAGCAGAGUUUUUGUAAUUUGUUCCGCUGGCGGAGGCAGCCGGCAUCGGAGGGGCCGGAGGGGUCGGAUGUGGAGCGGGUGGAGGGCGCCGCGUCGCCGCCGCCCGCCGUGCGCCGGGCGCUGCCCCCGCUGCCCCCCGCGCCGCAAACCUCGCGCCGCCGCGCCAGCGAAGAGGAUACAGUCAUGGACUUUGCUACCUCUUUACAGAAAGUCAAAGACUAUGGUUGGUACUGGGGUCCGAUAUCAGUGGAAGCUGCCGAAAAAAUUCUGUCCAAUGAGCCGGAUGGUUCUUUCAUUGUGAGAGAUAGUAGUGACGACCAUUAUAUAUUCACUUUAACGUUUAAGUUAAAUGGACUUAGACAUGUAAGGAUUGAACAUGAUCAGGGUAACUUUUGCUUUGGUGGCUGCACGAUGUUCAAAGCGCAGACGAUCGUGGAGUUCAUCGAGAAUGCGGUGGAGACGUCACGCAGCGGGCGCUACUUGUUCUUUCUGAACCUGCGGCCGGUGUUGGGACCUGUGCGCGUCCAGCUGCUGUAUCCUGUCUCCAGGUUCAAGCGUGUGCAGAGCUUGCAGCACAUGUGCAGAUUUGUGAUAUUAAAGUAUGUACGACGAGACCUCAUAAGUAGCCUGCCACUGCCGCGGCGGUUGGUGGACUAUCUGAGCGCGACGCACUACUACUCAGAGCUCCUCGCAGACAUCUGAACACACCAAACGUGAUAGGAUAAGCUAGCAUUACUAUAACUAUAGUUAUAAUCCCUAACACCAACUUUUAUACAUUGACCUUCACAUUAAUAUUUAUAAUAAUCAAUUUAUUUUAAUUACAGUAGGUACAUUACAAUGAAAUCUUUUUAAUAUAUUUGUAUAAAUUAUUAUGUCACAUGAAAUAGAUAUUAUUUUAUUAUUAUAUGAUUUGGUAGACUUUUAUAUCUGGUAAUAAAUUAUAAAUUAGAUAAGUGCAUAGAUAGAUACCGGUCUUCGUGCCUCAUUCACUUUAUAUUUAGAUAAACUGAGCUUUGAAGUUAUAACCGUAGCAUCACGUCAGUUUAUACUUUAUAUAAAAUACACCCAAACGCUGCUACAAACAUAAUCGUGCAUAUAGUAUUUUGUAUCGCUAUACAUAUUCAUAUACUACAUAUUUAGAUUGGCUAAGUGCAACCUAAGCAAUCCUAGCAAGUACAACAUUAUUUAUUACAGAAUAAAUAGAGUAAAUUUGUUAUAGAUAAGCAUAUGGAUUAUUUCAUACAUUUUGGCCUAUUAUUUAUUUAAAUGUAAAUUAUGUGUAUGUAUAUUCUUAAAUAUGCGUUACUUUUAUUUAUUUUGUGGUUGUGUGGUAGAAGCACUUAGUAAUAGUAUAAAUGUUUCAGAUUUUAUAUUUUAACAUGUAUAUUUAUGGAGAUGAAUUUGUAAUUUUGUACAUAUAAGUAAUAUUAUUUAAGAUUUAAUUAAUUUUUAAUGUAAUAUAAUUUUUAUGUUGAGUCUGACAAAAAACAAGUGGUACCGUUUAGCAAGAGGAAAGUAAUAACGUAUUAAAGAUCUUGUUUUGAGUCUCAUUUGGUCUCAGGAUGUAUAAUUAUCGAAAAACAGACCGAUUAGGAUUUUCGGCAUUUUUUUGUCUGUAUAUUUAAAUAAUUUUAGAGUAUUUAGUUUAAAAUACCACUUUUUACAAGUGAGUACCACUUAAUUAACGUAAAUAAUAGGCACGUUCAGUUCCAUGUUAUUUUCUAAAAUAGGGGAAAUUGCACACGGUGUCGGUUUUUGUCAGGCUUUACGUAUUUUUACAUGUUCGUGGACACUUAACAUGACAGUUGUAAUUUGCUAUACAAAAUUAAUGCGCGGUCCGUUUGUCAAGAAAAUGUUUUGGUAUGAAAUAGGUACUAAUGUUGAGAAAACCUCAACUCUAGCGCAAAUGAAAAUAACUAUUGGUAUACUAUGGCUGAGUUGCAUCACCUUAACUAUAACUUUAACUGUUGUUUUUGUAUGGAGUUUGACAGUCUUUUGACUAUUGUUAUAGUUAAAGUAAGAUGGUGUGGCCCAGAGUAAUUUACUCUCUAACAAACCAUCCAUGGCAAACAAAAAAUUUGACUUGAGCAUUUUGAUUAAAUGUUCAUGUACAACUAUUUUCAAUACUCUAAGAGUCAUUCUCAGCAGUCACGAGCUCUUAAUGAAUUAUGUAAGUCUUUUGGUCUACAAAACCUACAGAGACCCAUUUGGAAGUAUUCAUUGGUUUUCUCUCAGUCUAUCGAAGCUAUGGUCGCGUGACGAGAGUUGAGGCCACAGAUCACAGAAACUAAAGAGAGAUGAGAAAAGGGGGCGGGGCCAGUGUCGCGACAAUAUUUCCAAAAACAGAACACAUUGCUCGCGACAGCAAUGAUGACAGCAGCGACGUUAUUUAUGUGUAAACAGUUUAUAUUGAUUGCGUAGUACUAAAGAUUAUUCGAACGUUGAGUACUGAUACCGCAGUAGAUAAUGAGAACAUUCAAACUAACAGAUUACAUUCGAUCGUACGUCACUGCGGACUGCGUAUGUAUUGGUACAUUACUUGCAAUGUGUGCAUGACACACUCUUCGCGAAGUAUUGUUUUUAUUUUGAUUACUUUGUGUGUGUGAAUUUCUAAUGCGACACUGCGUUCCGAACUCGGCGCAUUAGUUGGCAUCUCUCUAGAUCUCUAUGGUUGAGGUCAUCUAACUAGUAGCACAGAAUAGUAAUAGUUUAUUGUCUUUACAAUGCAAAUGGGUGAGGAGAGAGAGACGGAGGUGAAGUCGCGCGUGUUUUGUUUUCGAUGCAAACUCGCGGAGAUGAACAGGCCUGCUAGUAGCAAAUGAUUUGUAUAUGCGUUUCGCGCUGGACGUCUUGCAUAAUGCCGACUGAUUUGUUCUGUAUUCUAAUAUUACAUCAGUGUAUGUGUUCACCUCAACUUUUAUUUCGCGACCAAUACUUGUUUGUUAUUUUGAUUUAAGCUGGAAAUGGGGUUAUUUUCUACGAAACAAUCGCAAAUUUUGAUUUAUAUAUAUUAUUACAAAGUUCUGUUGCAAAGUAAUGUCCACGAACGUUUUAACGUUUUCAAAAUUUUAAUUAUUUAAUAAACUGUUGACAUCUUGCAGGCAUUAUUUUAAGUCCAACUACAUUACUUCACUCUAUAUAUUUUUAAUGAAAUUAAAUGAUAUUCACUUUUUUUAAUCAUAUACAAAUGCCCAGUGCUUGAUUAAGUAUUUGGAUAGUUUUACUUUUGUCACUAUUGGCCCGCUAUACGUUUUUCCGCGUAAUGGAUUGCACGUCAUAAUAAAAAUAAAAUAAAUAAAUAUCCUUGGACAUUUUACACUGCGCUUCUAGUCCCAAACUAAGCAAAGCUUGUACUAUGGGUACGAGACAACGGAUAUAAACAUACUUAAAUACUUAAUGCCAAUAAUAAUGCCUGCACUAUGCCAGAAACUUUGAUUUACCAAAGAUAUUAGUUAUUUUAACAUGGUUGCAUUAUAUCAUUAUUGUGCAUUACAUGUAUUGUAAGUUCUU